AUGAACUCCAUGACUAUUGGAUUUAUUGGGUGUGGAAACCUGGGAGAAAGUAUAUUGUCUGGCAUUUUGAAUAUCAAGUUUGCAACUCCUGAUAGAAUUUUCAUUUGCAACAGGACUGAGGCUAGUAAUAAUAAUAUUUGCAAAAAAUAUCAGGUUAGAUAUGCAAAUGCUGUUGAUCUUAUAAAAACAUGUGAUAUUAUCUUGAUAGGCGUUAAACCAAACGACGUAGGUGGUAUUCUUAAAGUUAUUUCUAAAGAGGUUACUAAAGACAAGAUAAUUGUUUCUUUGGCUGCGGGGAUAAAAAUCGAAUUUAUCGAAAAUCGAUUACCACUUUUUUCCAAGGUUAUACGAGCAAUGCCAAAUGUUUCCUCAUCUGUUUGUUGCGGCUCAACGUGUGUUGUACCUAAUAAAGUAGCCACAGACAAUGAUACAUCAUUAGUUGUCCAGCUUUUUAAUUCAGUGGGUAAAACUAUAGUACUGCCUGAGUCAUAUAUUCAUUCAUUCAUUGCACUUUGUGGCUCAUCGCCAGCAUUCGUUUUCAUGUUUAUUGAAGCACUUAGUGAUGGAGCUGUUCGAUUGGGAUUUCCACGCCAAUCAUCGUAUGAAAUGGCGUGUCAAACCCUAAUGGGUGCGGCAAAAAUGCUACAGGAAAGUGGUAAGGUUCCAGCUCAACUUAAGGAUAAAGUAUGUUCCCCUGGAGGAACUACUAUUGAAGGUUUGAGUACCCUUGAGAGAGGUGCCUUUAGAUCUUUGGUUAUUGAAGCGAUGAAUGAUUGUGCAGCUAAAUCGAAAAUGAUGGAAGAUCAGAAUAUAUAA